CUCAAAAUAGUGUUUAUUUAAUAUUUUUUAAACUUUUAAAAUCAUUUAAAAUGAAAUUGAAAUCAUUAAAAAAAUGAUUGUAUUUGUGAUUAAAAAAUCUGUAUUUUAAUUUCAAGUUAAGUGUAAAGUUGUGCUAUCUCGUGUUAACUUGGUGCGAUAAAAUUCUGCUUUAACAUAAAUAGGACACGGUCAACGUUGCAACUUUUAUUUGAUCGAACUUUGCAGCAAUGGACGGACCUUCAAGGCCUAAGAAAAAGCUUAAAGCGUGCGCGCAAGUAGCAACAAAUGUAGUGGAGCAAAAGCACCAAGUGUCCAGGGCUAAAAGGAGUAGAGCCCUCGGCAGCCGAGCGUUCCGUGGCAGUACAGUCUGGUUCACUGGCCUCAGUGGUGCCGGCAAGACCAGCAUAGCUUUCGCUCUUGAAGCUUACCUCGUUUCUAAAGGUAUCCCAGCAUACGGCUUAGAUGGCGACAACAUCAGGACAGGGCUUAACAAGAACCUCGGCUUCAGUAAGGAAGAUCGGGAGGAGAACAUCAGGCGAGUGGCCGAAGUGGCCAAACUGUUCGCCGACAGUGGCGUUGUGUGUCUAUGCAGUUUCGUCUCUCCAUUUGCUGAGGACAGAGAAGUAGCUCGUCGCACGCACACAGACUGCGACCUGCCCUUCUUUGAAGUGUUCAUCGAUACGCCACUCGAGGUGUGCGAACAGAGGGACACCAAGGGCCUUUAUAAGAAGGCUAGGGAGGGGUCCAUCAAGGGUUUUACCGGUAUAACGCAAGAGUAUGAGCGUCCGGAAGCACCUGAGCUGGUCAUACAAACGGUCGGCCGAUCCAUUGAGGAGUCGACUAUGGAGGUUAUUCGACUGCUCGAAGCUCAGGGCAUCAUACCUAAACACGAGAGCACAGUGUCCGGGGUAGAAGAACUGUUCAUUUACGGCAACAGACUGAGCAGUGCCAUCGAAGAAGCCGGCAGGUUGCCUCAGAUCGAGAUCACUUCCCUCGACUUACAGUGGGUACAGGUACUAUCCGAGGGCUGGGCUUAUCCUCUCAAAGGGUUUAUGAGGGAAACAGAAUAUUUGCAAGCUCUCCAUUCCAAUUGCAUAUCACUCCCUGACGGUUCUCUAGUGAAUCAAUCAGUCCCGGUAGUGUUGCCCGUGAGCACACAGGACAAAGAGCGGUUAGCCGGUGCUUCCGCGAUCGCUUUAUUGUCCGGGGGCAAACCGGUCGCGAUCCUGCGCGCGCCUGAGUUCUACCCGCACAGGAAACAGGAGCGAUGCGCGCGGCAGUUUGGCAUCUAUCACACUGGACAUCCUUAUAUCAAGAUGAUAGAUGAGUCGAGUGACUGGCUAGUGGGUGGUAACCUCGAAGUGUUUGAACGCAUCCGUUGGAACGACGGCCUGGACGCUUAUCGCCUAACUCCCAACGAACUGCGACAGAAGUUCAAGGAACUGAAAGCUGAUGCGGUGUUCGCGUUCCAGCUCCGUAACCCCAUACACAAUGGACACGCGCUUCUGAUGCAAGACACGCAGCGGCAACUCACCGAGAGAGGCUACCAGAAACCAGUCUUGCUUCUACAUCCCUUGGGCGGUUGGACGAAAGACGACGACGUCCCAUUGGAGACGCGCAUCAACCAGCACAAGGCGGUUCUCAACGAGGGUGUGUUGGACCCCAACUCCACCGUCCUGGCCAUCUUCCCUUCGCCCAUGAUGUACGCUGGACCCACUGAGGUACAAUGGCACGCCAAGUGUCGUAUGAACGCGGGGGCGAAUCACUACAUAGUCGGAAGGGACCCCGCGGGGCUGCCUCAUCCCAACGGCACCGGGGAUCUAUAUGACCCCCGCCACGGCGCUAUGGUGCUCAAGAUGGCGCCCGGACUUAAUGAUUUAGAGAUAAUCCCGUUCCGUGUGGCGGCGUACGACUGUUCGACGGGCAAAAUGGCUUUCUUCGAUCCCACGCGCAAAGAGGACUUCGACUUCAUCUCCGGAACAAGAAUGAGAGGUUUGGCUAAAGCAGGCAAGGAACCACCAAAAGGUUUUAUGGCACCCAGCGCGUGGAAAGUAUUAUCAGAAUAUUAUCAAUCGUUGAAAUCCAAGAUGGACACAAAUUAACUGCAUAAACAAUUAAAUGAUGUAAUAAAUACUAUUUUAAAAUCAAAUAAAACAAAAUAUUUUUUAGUAUAAAAAAUGCUUACGAAAUUGCAUACAGUCUGUCAGUAUACUUAGUGCCGAUUUCACCAACGUCGAGUGACGUUUAAGGUCUCAUUCAUACGAGCGCUUUUUUAACGCGUAAAACGUUAAUACCCGCCAACGCCGGGCUUUAACGCAAUGUUUUUAUAACGCUCGUGUGAAUUAGGGCUUACCGAGGAAUAAAUUGGACGUAAUGCCAGUCUUUGUAUUGAAAACCUGCCAAAAUAUCAAAUUUAUUCUCGGAUAACACUUAUUUUACGUUCGUUAGUGAAAUCGGCCCUUAGAGUAAUAUAAUAUUAAAGUGCAAUAUUUUAUUUGAUAAUGAAAUUAUCACCAGAUAGACUCAGUCUGAGAUUUAUAGUGCAAUCUUUGACUUUGCUCAGACUAAAGACACUGUUAAAACGAGACAGCGUUAUAUCGCUGACAUAAAUCUGUCUCAUUUUAACUGAAACUUUUUGAACAAAAUUAAGGAAUCCUUUAUAGAUCUAAGUUUUAGUGUUACGGUUUAUAAAGAUGAUCCAAAAAGGCAUAGUAAAUAAAACAAAAGAAUUAAAUGUGAAAAGAUUGCCUUUUGUUCUGGCAGUUCCUACAUUAUAAUGUCUAAACGACCUACAUUCCUGUAUUGACUAUAAAUGAAUACAUAAUUUAUUAUUGUGUGUAGUUAAUACACAUUCCAAUUUUAUUGUAUUUAUUAAUGUUUUAAUUGUGUGAGAUUUGACGUUUAACUUAAGGCCUGUUCAUACAGUUCAUGGAAUUUGAUAUAUUUUACUAAUGAGUAGCAUAUUUUAUUUGCAUGCACAACACAAAUCAAAUGUGAAUAAAGGGCACAAUAUUACUAUACUAACUAGUAGAAAUUAAAUAUUGCUUAAUACAUUAUACAAGACUAAAAAUUAAAAAAAACUGCACUGUUUCCUAUUGGUCUAUUAGUUUAAAACAUCUAAAAACCAGCUCUGAGCUGAUACAGAUGUUCUAUUUGACAAGACUGGCUAUGUUUGUGUGAGUGCUCACAUAAUUAUAUUGUUGUAGUGUGCGU